CCCCAUUGCUCCGUUCUCUUGUCCAUUACGUGCUAUCCCUCCGCCUCUCCUUAUUUCUUUUCUUUUCUUUUUUUUUUCCUCCUUCUCCUCUCCUCCCCUCCCUCUCUCCCCCUCUCUCCGGCUCCGUGUCAUUUCCUCCUUGCGCUCGCUCGCGGCCCGAGCGUCUCCAGCCCGGAGAGUAGGCGGAGCAGGGCGGUGCGGGGUGGCGUAGCGCUGGAGGGCGAUGGUGGCGGAGCCGCUGGGGGCGGAGGCAACGUAGCCCCCGCAGAAAAGGAGCCCCGCGGCGCCUGAGCCGAGCGGAGGAUGGAGAACCGGCCUGGGUCCUUCCAGUACGUCCCGGUGCAGCUGCAAGGAGGGGCGCCCUGGGGCUUCACCCUGAAGGGGGGUCUGGAACACUGCGAACCGCUCACAGUGUCUAAGAUUGAAGAUGGAGGCAAGGCAGCCUUGUCCCAGAAGAUGAGGACUGGCGAUGAGCUGGUGAAUAUUAAUGGCACUCCAUUGUAUGGCUCCCGCCAAGAGGCCCUCAUCCUCAUCAAAGGCUCCUUCCGGAUCCUCAAGCUGAUUGUCAGGAGGAGAAACGCCCCUGUCAUUAGGCCGCACUCAUGGCAUGUGGCCAAGCUGCUGGAGGGAUGCCCUGAAGCGGCCACCACCAUGCAUUUCCCUUCUGAAGCCUUCAGCUUGUCCUGGCAUUCCGGCUGCAACACUAGUGACGUGUGCGUGCAGUGGUGUCCCCUCUCCCGGCACUGCAGCACCGAGAAAAGCAGCUCCAUUGGCAGCAUGGAGAGCCUGGAGCAACCAGGCCAAGCCACCUAUGAGGGUCACCUCUUGCCCACUGACCAGAGCACAUACCCCAACCAGCGUGAUUCAGCCUAUAGCUCCUUUUCGGCCAGCUCCAAUACCUCUGACUGUGCCCUUUCUCUCAGGCCAGAGGAGCCAGCCUCUGCAGACUGCAGCACGCAAGGCCCCGGGCCAACUAAGGCCCCUAAUGGCCGACUUAAUGUGGCCGAGACCUCAGGAGGCGGCCGGCUCACCAGUGGGGGCCACCUGACUCCAAGCUCCCAGACGUCAUCCCGUCCCCAGGAGGUCCAGCCCUCAGGGCCUGCCAAGGCUGCCAGGGGUCCCCCACAACCUCCAGUGAGGCGAGAUAGUCUUCAGGCAUCCAGAGCCCAACUCCUCAACGGAGAGCAGCGCAGGGCUUCUGAGCUUAUGGACUCCUUGCAACAAGAGAAACCUAGCUUAGACACUGUGCUCUCCCCAAGGAACCCUAACAAGUUCUGCUGCCUCAGCGGGCCAGACCAAGUGACAAAUGAGGGCCAUCAGAACUGUGAGCUCAGCCAACCCCCUGAAGCCAGCCAGAAGGGCUCUGAGCAUCUACUGAUGGAGGCCUCGGCCAAAGCUGUUGGAUUCCCAAAAACAUAUGACAAAGCUUCCAGCAUAGAUUCCAGCCCACUCAACAAGGCUUCAGCAGAGCUGGCUAAGGCUUCCUCUUUUGGCAGCCCUCCACACCUCACAGGACCCACAGGGCAUCGUCAUAGUGCCCCGGAGCAGCUGCUGGUGUCCCACCUGCAGCACAUGCACCUUGACACUAGGGGCAGCCAGGGGACGGAGCUCCCAGCUGGGCAGGAUGGGCAGGAGUGGACUGUAUCCCCUUUGCACAGCAGCCACACUGGGAAGAAAAGCCCAUGUACCCCUGUGGGAGGAACCCAGGACCAGCCUAGCAAAGAGAGAAAGACCAGGCCGGUGGAUGAGAGGCCUUUGGGUUCAGGGUGCCAGAGCCCAAGCAGUUCCCCACAUGGAGAGGCCGAUGGACACCCUCCAGAAAGAGGUUUCCAGGAGCCAAACAGAGCAAACAGAGCAGACAGUGAAUUGGCCAGCCAGCCACCCUCUGCCUCUGGUUCCCUUGCUCAACCAACCAGGGACUGUUCUUCAACCACUAAAGUAGCUGGCAGCACAGAGGCAACUGAAGAAGGGGACAGUGAGCCCAAGGAGUGUGUUCGGGUAGGUGGGAAGCGAAACGGAGGGACCCGGGGCCGCUCGAUCCAAAACCGGCGGAAGAGUGAGCGUUUUGCUACCAAUCUACGUAACGAAAUUCAGAGGAGGAAGGCCCAGCUCCAGAAGAGCAAGAGUCCCUUGACACAGCUGUGUGACCCCAAGGAGCCAGUAGAAGAGACAGAGGAGCCCCUAGAAAGUCCACCACUUCCUGCCUCAAACUCAUCCCUUCUGUCUUCAUAUAAGAAACCACCUAGCCCCAAAGACAAGCUCUUCAAGAAGAGUAUGAUACUCAGGGCUAGGUCUUCAGAGUGCCUCAGCCAAGCCCUAGAGGGCCAUGAAUCUAGGACGGGCUUGGAGGGACAAAUGAGCCCUGGCCAGAGACCGGGCCAGUCUUCUUUGAGCCUGAACACGUGGUGGAAAGCCUCCGACCCAUCCUCCUCAGACUCUGAAAAAACAAAUGUUCACCGCGGAGUCCACGGAGGUCAUUGGAGGUGGUCCCCAGAGCACAACCUGCAGCCACACGUGGCACUAGCCAUGGAAGGCCCUUCCAACCCAGGUGACAAGGAAUUGAAGGCUUCUAGUGCUCAAGCUGGGGAGGAAGCCAUCCUCUUGCCCUUUGCAGACAGAAGAAAGUUCUUUGAAGAGAGUAGCAAAUCCUUAUCUACAUCUCACUUGCCUGGUUUAACCACUCAUAGCAAGACUUUUACCCAGAGACCAAAACCUCUGGACCAAAACUUCCAGCCAAUGAGCUCCAGCUAUAGGGAAUUGAGGCGCCAUCCCCUGGACCAAUCAUAUCAUUCCACCGACCAACCGUAUCAUGCCACAGACCAGUCGUAUCAUUCCAUGUCACCCCUUCAGUCAGAAACUUCCACUUACACAGAAUGUUUUGCGAGCAAAGGUCUAGAACAGUCCAUGUGUUGUAAGCCACUCCACUGUGGUGAUUUUGAUUACCGCAGGACGUGCUCUUACUCCUGCAGUGUCCAGGGAGCUGUAGUCCAUGACCCUUGCCUUUAUUGUUCUGGAGAAAUCUGCCCUGCUUUGCGAAAGAGAAAUAUGGUGCCAAAUUGCUACAACUGCCGAUGCCACCACCAUCAGUGCGUUCGGUGUUCAGCUUGCUAUCAUAAUCCCCAGCACGGUACCCUCGAGGACAGCAGCUUGGCACCAGGCAACGCUUGGAAACCUAGGAAGCCAACGGUGCAGGAAUUUCCUGGGGACAAAUGGAAAUCAAUAACAGGAAACAGGAAGACUGGCCAGUCAGGGAGGGAAAUGGCUCAUUCCAAGGCUAGCUUUUCAUGGGCAACCCCCUUCCGUCCUUGUCUUGAGAACCCAGCACUGGACUUGUCAAGCCACCGAGCUGUCUCUUCUCUUGACCUCCUUGGAGACUUCAAGCACGCCUCCAAAAAAACAGAGGAAACUUCCGUCUAUGAAGAGGAGAGUUCCAUGUCCUCCACGCCCCAUCCGCUACGUGGCCGGGCCUUCUCAGAGAGCCACAUCAGCUUGGAGCCCCAGAGCUCCCAGGCCUGGGGGCAGCAUAGGAAGGAGCUCUUUACCAAAGUUGAUGAGACCCAGCCGGAUCGCCUGGGUGCCAGGAAGAAGGCCUUUCCUCCUCCUCGCCCUCCUCCUCCCAACUGGGAAAAAUACCGCCUCUUUCGUGCAGCCCAGCAGCAACAGCAGAAGCAGCAAACGCAGCAGCAAGAGGAGGAGGAGGAAGAGGAAGAGGAGGAAGAAGGGGUUGAGGAGGAGGAAGAGGAGGAGGAGGAGGAGGAGGAGGGGGAAGAGGAGGAGCUACCACCCCAGUAUUUCAGUUCAGAAACCACUGGUUCUGGUGCCCUCAAUCCCGAAGAGGUCCUGAAGCAGCAGGGCUCCAAAAGCCUCCCAGCAGAGCAAGAAUCCUUUGCUCUCCAUUCCAGUGAUUUUCUGCCUCCUGUCAGGGGCCACUUGGGAUCUCAGCCCGAGAAGGCUCAGCCCCCUUGCUACUAUGGCAUUGGUGGCCAUUGGAGGACAUCAGAGCAGGAGACCGCUGAUUCCCCCAAACCAGAAGCUCUGAUGGCAGAAGAGUCCAAACCCAAGCCAGUGUGGAGCCAGAGCUACUUCUUUCCUGAGGAACAGCUUUCUUUCAUGGGCUGGGGCCCUGAGAAGCAGCACUUCAACCCUGCAGGCUUCAGUGACCCCAAGACCACAGGACAAGAGUUUCAGCACUUCUCACCUCCUCAGGGGGCCCCAGGGAUCCCUACCUCUUACUCAGCUUAUUACAAUAUUUCUGUGGCCAAAGCAGAGCUGCUGAACAAGUUGAAAGACCAACCGGAGAUGGCAGAGAUUGGCCUGGGAGAUGAGGAAAUUGACCAUGAACUGGCUCAAAAAAAGAUACAGCUGAUUGAAAGCAUUGGCAGAAAACUUUCUGUCCUGCGGGAGGCCCAGCGAGGACUGCUGGAGGACAUCAGUGCCAAUUCUGCCCUUGGGGAGGAGGUGGAGGCCAACCUAAAAGCCGUCUGCAAAUCCAAUGAGUUUGAAAAAUAUCGUUUGUUUAUCGGGGACUUGGACAAGGUAGUCAACUUGCUGCUGUCACUCUCUGGACGACUGGCCCGGGUGGAGAAUGCUCUCAACAGCAUAGAUUCAGAGGCCAACCAGGAGAAGUUGGUGCUGAUUGAGAAGAAGCAGCAGCUGACAGGGCAGUUGGCAGAUGCCAAGGAGCUGAAGGAGCAUGUGGACCGCCGGGAGAAGCUGGUGUUUGGCAUGGUCUCCCGCUACCUGCCUCAGGACCAGCUCCAAGAUUACCAGCACUUUGUGAAGAUGAAAUCUGCUCUCAUCAUUGAACAGCGAGAGCUGGAAGAGAAGAUCAAGCUUGGGGAAGAGCAGCUCAAAUGUCUCAGGGAGAGCCUACUCCUGGGGCCCAGUAAUUUCUAAGUCCACCAGCAGACUGCCUACACCAUCCCUGCCCAGCCACAGUGGGAAGUGCUUUCAAUCUUCGUUAGCAGUUUGUUAGCAAGUAGAUAGCAGUUAGUUAGCUGUGUGUGCCAUAUUCUCUACUAGCCUGGACGUCUCUCACUGCCCCUUCGCCUAGCAGUGUUCCCAACCAGCUAAGAGAACCUGGGGAGGCCCCAAGCUUCUACCCUAGGGAGUAGAAGGCAGAAAUUGGAGCUGCAGCCAAGGGCAAUCACACAACCACCAUGCCCACAGUUUGCAUGGACAAGCGCUCACCACACACAGAACCAACCAAGUGCCUUCCUUCUUCCUGGUACUAGGACACUGCGAACACCAUGCACUCUCCACACACCCACACCAUCAUCAGCCUCUGAAGUCUCAGAGGGAAGUUGCCCGUGCAGCUCCAUUCUGCCCCACGCAUGGCUGGUGGACCGGCCGUUUCCCAGGGAGAUCUGGCUGCCUUGAGGGCAUUUCCCCCACCACCAGCCUGAGGGCCUCACCCUAGCUUUGCAGUCAGAAGCCCGGAAGGAGAAGUGACAUGUAACAGAAUGUGAGCCAAGGUUGGGACUCCCUAGGUGCCCUGCUGGAAGGAGCUGCACUUAAACAAAUUGGCUCCACCCUACCUCCCCCAGCAUCCACUACAGGGGGAAAGAGGCCUGUCUUCAGCCCUGGCUAGUGUGGCUCUCCUCCUGUCCUAAGACUUUGGCCUACCACUUCCUGUAUCAUCUUGCCUUUGCAUUGCUGAGGGUUACAGGGGCCUAUAUGCUAAGGGCUUCCCACUAUUGGCCAUUUAUAACCCUACUAAAGCUAACUUCUGGAUACAUGUUUUAUUAUUAGGGGGUGGGGGCGUUACUGUUAUAUUUUAAAUGGCCUUUUGAUUUUAUUUAUUGUUCUGUCUUGAUUGUUUCUUUCCCCUUUUUAAACUAAUAAGGUGAGAAGAGGGAGUUGGAGAGGAAAAAGUUAGCCCAGAAGGAAUGCAUUUUCUGCAGGUCAACCUGAAUUCACCAUGGCUAAGUAAGCAAGUACCAAGGCCUGGAAUUCUUCCCAUUGUCACUGACAAGUGUCUAAGAAAGGAGUCCUCCCUUCAGAACUCAGAGCUUCCUCACUGUGGGCUGGCCCUAUACUUCCCUUGAAGUCUGGAUGACCAUGAGCUCAGAAUUCCCCAACAGGGUUCCAUUUUCUCAUACUUAUUUUUUUUCUCGAAACCAAAGAAAUCUGAAAGUGACGAAAGUUCACCCAUUUGUCUACCAUCUAUCUACAAGCUAAGGGAGGCAUAGAGGUGAGCUCUGGAAGAGAUCCUCUAUCGAAUUGUUUUCUUAGCCUGGGGUCUGGCUCAGGAAACUGAAAUGUACGGUAGCUGGAAGUUCGAGCCAGGCCCGGGCCCCUACUCGGAGCAAGUCACAAUCCAGCCGGGAUCUGAGGCACACAAACAAGGAAUGCUGCUGCUGUUGCCAAGGUCCUGACACCGGUAGCCAGUUGCUAGCCUGGAAAAGCCCUCAGGUAGGUGAUGGCAGGAAAGGAGUUAUGGCCGAACUCUGCCCCAUUAUCCAUCUCAGUUCCCUAGUCCUUAUGAACUGGGGCCCAUGCUUGGUCUCGCAGUCCUGCUCAGCCAGCCGGGCAUUGGGCAUCCCUUCAAGUUACUGCUGAGUUCCUCAGGGUCCUGGGAGGUUAACUGUAGCAGCAGGGGUGCCUCAUUCAACCAAAGAAUUUGCCAAGGAACUUUGCUGCUGCUACAAAUACUGGUUGCUAGCUUCCGUUUCCUCUUCAUUGUAUUUGGAAACAAUGGAAGAAUCUUGGCCAGCAGGGUGUCCUGUAGGGAGGGGGGGCCCUGAGUAUGCUCUGAGUACACUGCUGCUGUCAGAACCACUGUUAAAAUGUCAACCUGCCAUUCUCCCACCAUGUGGAGAAAUCUACUCUAUUCAGGAAGGCAGCUGGCAUAUAAAAGGUUAGGCUUACCCGAGCCCAGGCUGAGGAAGGUGGGGGAAUACUUUGAAUAGAGGCUGUGGUUGCCACCUUUUUUUUUUUUUUUUUUUUUUUUUUU